UUAGAACUUCUAGGCUCCAAAUAGCUAGCCAGCUAGCCGAAGGAGGCUAGUAUUUCUCCUUCUCACAAAACUGGGUCGACAAUAAGCUGUUUCUCAAAUUACUAAUGCAGAUAUACCACUCUUGUUCUCAGCAAAUCUUUGGGAUUGACUGAUUGCGUCCCAAAUACCGUGUUGUGAAGAAACGGAUGCGUUUUAAAAUAGCGAAAUAUACCGGCUGUACCAGCAAACUGUAGCUGGCUAACGAUAGCUGUUAGCUUCGGGAGUACAGCAAGUUAGGCGGCUGGCUAGGAAACCAUUACUGUAGAGGCGGCUUCAGACCGCCGGCUGUCGAGCUACCUGUGUCAGUCAGUUGCCAUAAUAGGAGGGAAAUUGUGAUCAGUGGCCUAUGAGGAAGCCACGUCGAAAAUGCCAGGCGGCCGGAGGAGGAGGAGGAGGGGGUGGUGGGGGUGAAGUCAAAAAGUCCAAUGGGACAGCUGCCGGGCGUGGGGGUGCCCGCCAGCGAUCUCCCUCGCCUUACAGCCUCAAAGCAUCUCCAAGCAGAGAAACCCUGACCUACGCCCAGGCCCAGAAGGUGGUGGAGGUGGAACUCGAUGGUAGGCUUCACCGCAUUUCUAUUCUGGAUCCCCUGGAGGUCAUUACUGAAGAUGAGAUGAUGGCUCAGGACAUUAGUGAGUGUAACAGCAACAAGGAGAACAGUGAGCAGUCCUCAUCUCCCACCAGCAGCGCCCAAACAGCCCGCAAACCAGUCACACCCCGAGGCCGCAGGAAAGACUCUAAAUGUUCGUCUAUCAAGGCACCGCCACCUUCCAAGAACCACUGCCCCAAUUCUCAGCUACAAACACCUGAAAAGGUACACACAGCACACCAUCAUCACAUGACCCUCCCUGAGCCUAAGUUUCGUGUGCUAGAAACCUUCACGCCAGUGGAGGCUCCUCCACUGCCUACAGCAUAUUACCGCUACAUUGAACGUUCAGCUGAGGAGCAGGAAGGUGAGGCAGAAUACGACAUGGACGAAGAGGACACCGCCUGGCUGGAGAUGGUCAACUCUGGACGAACGUCAGAGGGUUACUCCGCUGUCUCACCGGACACCUUUGAGCUGCUGGUGGACCGACUGGAGGAGGAAGCGUACCGGGAAGCCCGCAGCCGGGCGCCCUCUCAGACCACUGUUGACGAUGAUGCCUUCUGCUGCGUGUGCCUGGAUGAUGAGUGCCUCAACAGCAACGUCAUCCUCUUCUGUGACUCCUGCAACCUGGCUGUGCACCAGGAGUGUUAUGGAGUGCCCUAUAUCCCUGAGGGCCAGUGGCUGUGCCGCUGCUGCCUCCAGUCCCCUCAGAAACCUGUUGACUGUGUUCUAUGUCCAAACCGUGGCGGCGCCUUCAAACAAACAAGUGACGGCCGCUGGGCACAUGUGGUCUGUGCCAUCUGGAUUCCUGAAGUCUGCUUUGCCAACACAGUGUUUCUGGAACCAGUAGAAGGGGUCAAUAACAUUCCCACAGCACGCUGGAAACUGACCUGCUACCUGUGCAAGCAGAAGGGCCGCGGCGCAUCUAUUCAGUGCCACAAGGCCAACUGUUACACUGCGUUUCACGUCACAUGUGCUCAGCGCGCUGGCCUCUUUAUGAAGAUCGAUCCAGUGCGCGAGACGAACGUCAACGGGACCAUGUUCUCCGUUAAGAAGACGGCGUUCUGCGAGGCCCAUUCACCACCGGGACAAGAAACCGCAUCAGAUGAGGAGAGUGAAGGAAGAGUGGUGGGCAGCAGAGGGAGGGCUAGCAGAGGACGGAGUGCCUACACAGAGGGGCCGACUACACCAAAAAAAGGCAGGAAAUCUGAUGACGAUGGCAAAACGGAUAAAAAGAAAGGGAAGAAGGGCGCCGAGUCAACAGCUCAACAAACUGCUUCACCACAAGUGAUAGUACCUCAGAUCCCCACGAGCAGGCUGAAUAUCAUCUGCAAAGGAAUCAUCUUCCAGAGGAAAAACCAGUUCAUGCAGAGGCUGCAUAACUUCUGGUUACUGAAGCGUCAGUCGAGGAACGGCGUGCCGCUGGUUCGGCGUUUGCACUCUAACAUCCAAUCCCAAAGGAAUACGGAACAGCCUGAGGUGGACGAGAAGGUUUCUGCAGCAAGAGAGGCACUGAGAUAUUGGCAGAAGCUUCGGCACGACCUUGAAAAAGCCAGGCUGCUGGUGGAGCUCAUCCGCAAGAGGGAGAAACUCAAACGAGAACAGGUCAAGGUUCACCAGGCAGCCCUGGAGAUGCAGUUGACCCCGAUGUUGGCGCUGCUCCGCUCCACUCUGGACCAACUACAGGAAAAGGACACAGCCCAGAUCUUUGCACAGCCUGUCAACAUCAAGGAGGUCCCAGAUUACCUGGAGUUCAUCAGCCAGCCCAUGGACUUUUCCACCAUACGCGUUAAGUUGGAGAGUCACGCCUAUCGCUCAGUGGCUGAGCUGGAGGCCGACUUCAACCUUAUGGUGUCCAACUGCCUCCUCUACAACGGCAAGGACACCGUCUUCCACCGGGCAGCGCUGCGUCUUCGUGACUUGGGCGGGGCCGUACUGCGCCACGCACAACGACAAGCCACCAACACCGGCCUGGACCUGGACACUGGCAUGCACCUCCCAGAGUCACCGCAGAAAAGAGACUUUUACAGCUGCACCUGGGAGGAUGUUGACAGUGUGCUGGAUCCAGAUAACCGGCUUCACAUGACCGUGGAGGAGCAGCUGAAAGAGCUGCUGGAAAAGCUGGACUUUGUCUCCUCCAUGCGAUGCAGCGGCGCCCGAACCCGACGCAUCCGCCUGCUCCGUCGCGAGAUCAACAACAUCCGCUACAGGCAGGGCCAACACUCCCGCCACAGCCUCCACAACGGACACCUGAAGGAAGAGGACGAGGACGAGGACGACGAGGAAGACGAGGACAAAGACGCCAAGGCGGAUAACGGCCUUUCGUCUUCAGACAAAGAAGAUCUCAAAUCCACUUCACCGCCAACACUGGAACCUACAGGGCCGGCUCCUCCUCCGCGACAGGGAGACGCACCUCUGGAGCCUCCCACCCUGCGGCCAAUCACAGGGGAGCCCCAGUCCCCCAGCUGGCCCUGCAAGCGCUUAAAGAUGGACAGCGAUGUCUCAGACGGCGCCACAGAGAACAUUAAUUGCACUAAAAUGCGUGAGCGGCCGGCGUCGCCACCUCCCAGUUUGCACAGUGAAGGGCAGGCGGUGGCCAACGGUCUGCCAGAGCUCAGCACCCCCCCGCGGCCCACCACCGGCGGAGUCGGGCGACGGACCUCUGUGUUAUUCAAAAAGGCAAAAAAUGGAGCAAAGCUGUUCAGAGACAGAGACAAUCCUUUGAUGAAUGGAAAGGGGCUGCAGGACGAGAACGCAGGCAACCCCCCCACAGCACCCAACUCCACAGCCAGCACCCCAUCCUCCACACCUUUGUCCACUCCUUCCAAGACGCCACAGAAAAGCCCAGGACCCCCCGCCCUCAACGAACAGUGGACCCCCAGUCGAGACACGUGCUCAGACGGGGAGCUAGAGAGGACACCAAACCACACACUGGAAAGUGGACUGACCAACGGCUUCAACAAGCACAAAGAUGGCGGCUCUGAUGCUGAGUACAGCCCUUGCCCGGUCCUCCACAAAGAGAUCAGCUCGCCACCCAAACGGAGCCUCGGGAAACCGGCUCUUUCCAAAGUUCCCUUCAUGGAGAUAGUGAAUGGAGACUCAGAUUACACCGGGAACGGCAGCCAAACGUCUGAGGAUGAGACGGAGCUGGAGUCUCUCGAUCUGGUUUGGGCCAAAUGUCGAGGAUAUCCCUCCUACCCUGCUCUGAUCAUCGACCCAGAGAUGCCCGAGGACGGCCUCCUGCACAACGGGGUGCCCAUCCCCGUCCCACCCAAAGACGUCCUCCGCCUGGGGGAGCAGAGACAGGAGGAGACCAACGAGAGGCUCUACCUGGUGCUUUUCUUUGACAACAAGCGAACGUGGCAGUGGCUCCCACGUGAGAAGGUGACACCCCUGGGUGUAGACGACACAGCGGACAAGCUGCGCAUAAUGGAGGGCCGCAAGUCCAGCAUCCGCAAGUCUGUCCAGGUGGCGUACGACCGCGCCAUGAUCCACCAGAGCCGAGUCAGCCACAGCCAAGGCUUCGUGGCGUCUAACUACCUGUAGAGGGCGAGCGUGAGCCCUGUGUGCACCCACGGCCGGCCACUUAAGUAUUUCUCUUUGGUCUUAAAGCAGCAGGUGGGGGCGAGUCCCGCUGCGAGGUGAAUUCGUAUUCGCGCUGUGGUCUGAAGAGGUUGCCAUGGCAGCACAGAGUCCAGGACUGUAGUUUCGUUACCAAACCACUAGUGUCUGACACCCAGAGCUGUGGUGUGUCUGCCUUUCGUGCCGUUGAGGAUGUGGAUGAAGUUGUAGCUGGGGUCGGUGAGGAUUGUAUGGAGCUGUCUGCUCACUCCAACCUGGAUGUGUUGAAGCCGUGUGUCUGGAUCAAACGUAAAAGAAUUCCCCUCUAUUUUGUUUAAUGCUACUGCCAAGGAAACAAAUUGUCAGAAAAGAGAUUUGACAUUUCUAUGAACCACAGAAGAUGAAUGAAUGGAUCACUGCCAUCUUUUAUACAAUAGCUUUUUACAUUUUUAAAUUUUCUUUUACAAAGACACUUGUAUAUUAAAAAGGCACACUUUGUGUACAUAUGUAUGUGUAUUAUCAAACCCAAUUUAAUUUAAUGUUGCUGUUUUAAAAUGCGUAUUUCAAUCAACCCACACGGGGCAAAACGAGGCUGUGUAUAUUUGUGGAGAUAAAAUAAUUCCUGACUUGCUGCAGUGUACUAAGGUUGUCUUUGAUGUAAUUUCAUUGUGCUGUGUGUGAGUGUGUGUGAGUGUGUGUGUGUGUACAUUCAGAGCAUACAACACAAUGAGCCGUUGUUCUUUAUAUUUGAAUUCUCUUUUUGAUACAGAGAGAAAUAAUUUAUUUAUGGAAGACAGAACUAUAGAAAUAAAGCUAUAUUGGUUAAAGUUGAGAAUGAAAUUUUAUUUAAAACAAAUGGAGUGAGGUUUAAAAAAAACAAAACAAACAUGCAGCCAACAUUUUAACAGAUUAAAUUUCACGCUCAGUUUGAUGUUGAUGAUUUGACUCGGACCCAAUCACCAUCAUUCACUGUUGACCCCCGCCAGAAGACUCUAUUUAUUGUCAAGAGCCCCAUUUUAUCAAAUGGAAAAAUACACCUUUAUAAGCUUGUACUACCUGCAUAUUUUACCUGCUCACCAAAUAUUUUGUCUGAACCAGUAUUUCCUCAUUUUGGGAUAUAAAUGCUCUAUUAAAAGCCUUUUGGGAUACUUAACUGCA